CGACAGGCUGACCAGAUGGAACUGUAGCCGACUUCACGUUGGUCUAGACCUUCCUGCCACCGUGACACGGUACAUGUACCUCGGUGCAGUACGUACACAUAGCCGUGGAAGCACCCAUUAAGAGCGAUCAUUCCUCAAUUUGCUUUCAUCAGCAACAACGUCAAUAGUUUUACCCUCGUCCAAUUCGGCUCAUCAAAAUGAAAACGUCCGUAGCGUUUGCGACCGUCCUCAUCUGCACCUUCGACUCUGUCAUGGGCCUCGCCAAGUACCUCGACGAGCUACCAAACGGAAGCUCCUUCUCGCAGGAGCUCGGACACCCGGACAAGGACACCUCUAUGUACACGGAGUUUGCGACAGCCUUUGCAAAUGCCGGGCACUCGUGGACGUCUGAGUUUUGCAAGGCCACAUUCCCUGGAGAUUCGAUGACAAACGGCGAGGCGUUCAGUGAUCCGUGCUGCACAUGGACGAAGGGCGGCACCACGGACUUCACAGUACCGGCCUUUACCUUUACCACGAGCCCCAUCCAGGCCACCACGUGCGCAUCGACCACCAACCAAACGUCCAGCACUUCAUCCACCGCUGCAUCGACGACUUCAUCCACCGCCGCCUCAAGCGAUGGAAGCUCGACACCGACCACGACGGACACUCUGGCUACAACGGAUGUCCCUAUUGCCACUGAUGCUCCGACCUCACCGACUAUGCCAUCAGCAAUGGGCGGCUGCGCCGCAAAGGGCGCCGGAGAUAUGUCAGAGCUUUGA